UGUUGUUUACGUUAUUGUUAUAACGUAAGUUUUAAUCCAGUCAAUUGUUGAUUGCCUUACCGUUAAUUAAUAUAUUAUAUGACUACCAUGGAAAUACUUAAUUAUGUGUUAGGUCCAUUCUGCAUAAAUUAAUAAUAUACUUUCUGAUUGCAUAUGGGAGCGCAUAAUUUACACUACCGGUAGCUCUCCGUUUGGGAAUGUUGAGCAAGCUUUAAGUUAGGAAACGGAAAAAAAAACCACCCAAAACACAGAGAUCUACAUGAAUGUAAAAAUGGUCAAUUCAACUUUAAUCAACAUGCCAGAAACAGAUGCCCAAAAACACAUGUCUUUAAUGGAUAAAUUUCGUGAGCAUAUUCGAAUAACACCACCGAGAAACCGAUUCAAGAAUUUAUCAAGAAUUAUAACUGUUAUUCAAGCUUUUUCACAAGUUUACAUGGCACUGCAGUAUCUUAUUCCUUACGUAUUUAAAGAGUAUGACCCGUGGACAAUAUAUUACCUGAAAGUAUUUGCAUGUUAUUUAUUUAUUAUGGCUGGAGCUAAUUGGUUAUGUGUAAUGCUGUAUAAUACAUCAGUUAUUAAAACCAAAGAUCAACCAUUUCCAAAUUUUACCAAAACAGGAACGUUUCCCAAUUAUUUGCAGUCAGAUCAAUAUAUGCAAAGAAGGUGUAAUGAUGCCAUGGAAAUUGAGAUUGAAGAAACUGGCAACCCAGGAGAUCAAAAUGGCAACCGUUUACAAGAAAAAGAUGGGUUGUCAUGGAAAUACUGUAAUCUAUGUGACAUGCAGACACCCCCACGAUCACAUCAUUGUAAAAUUUGUAAAGUGUGCAUACUGAAAAGGGAUCAUCAUUGUUAUUUGACUGGAAGUUGCAUAGGAUUUAAAAAUCAGAGAUACUUCAUUGUAAUGGCCUUUUACGUCUGGGUGGCCAAUUCCUUAAGUUUUUAUUUGACAUACGUUUAUCUUCGUGAUAAAUUCUGGCCAACAGGAUCGUUAACAGAUGCCACAUGGCCAGUUGCAUUUUAUAAAACGAUUGUCGGGGAUAUGUUCUUCCAUCAUACUGUUCUGUUAGUGCAUCUGUAUGUUUUAACGCUUUUUACACCAUUAGGGUUUGUUUACUUUGCUAGUCAGUUUACGCUUAUUUCACAAGGGAUAACUCCGUAUGAAUUACAAAAAGAGAUCCCAAUACGAAAUACACUGAGAAUUGAUAAGAAUUUUCAAUCUGUGUUUGGAGACUUUUGGUUAAUCAAUUUCCUAUUUCCAGGACAGCUACUGUUCCGACAGAGGGAUGAUGGUUUCAGUUGGGAUGGUAUUAAACUUAUGAACAUGGAUAAAAAGAGUAAAACUGGAAUUAAAUUAAGAACUGUGUAAUAUGGAUUUGUCACUCCAUCAGUUUGCAUUUCCAUAAUUUAUUUGUAGUUACUGCCCCUGAAUCCCAAACUUUAAAGUCAGUGGUUGGCAUAUACCACCUUCAUUCCAACUUUUUUUUUUUGCUAAGAGUUGGAGUUAGAAAACUGCAAGAAACCUAUAAUUGAUCAUCCAGCACAAUUUUAUCUCCAUUUUAAAAUGUUGAAACUUCUAAAUAUUUAUUAAUUAUGUGACCGAAAAAUUGUUACCUUUAGCCCUGCCCUAAUGAAUGAGAAGUGAUGUCAGAUGCUCUGUUAAAGGUAUCAUAACUUAUAUCUAUUUGCAAUAUGGGGUAAUAUUGUGUGCAAUUAGUCAAAGUGAUAUUACUUUGAAUUUGUUUUUUCUCCAGAAAUAAAUAUUUUGUUUUCUCA